GGAGGAUUGUAGAGCGUGUGGUUUUAACUCGGUUUUUUAUCAUUCGGUUGUAUCGUUGUCACUGUCGCUGUCGUGUCGGUCAAUAGAGCCUCCAGAGAAAUACAAAAUCGAAGCUAGAAUAUAAAUAUCAAAUCCGAUAGAAAUUUGUAUGUCAGCUUAGAGACCAUGUUUCUCCGUCUCUCGGUGUCGGAUGAGUGUCUAUCGACGUUGGCAGGACAGGCACUUGAGUAACUUCAUACCUUUAAUUCAAUGAAUUAUCAUUGAGGGAGUUGCCGUGAGACCCGUUUGAAAGUCCACGUCGUUUCCCCAUACGCGUGUGCCACUUGUCCCAUAUCCUGGCAUCAAUCUCGUUUUCUGUAUGCCGAUCGCUUUCAUUCCCCUCGACAUUGUUGUGCUUCAUUUUUGAAUGAUGUCUUAUGUUGGUUCAUUAAUCCGAUUCUACUAUGAUCAUAUUCACAGAAAAAUAGGAACCAUUUUCUCGAUCACAAAUUUCCUUUGGAAGAGCAGUUUAUUUUUCGAUAUAUCUUCCAUUAGAGUGAGGUUAUCGGUCGUGUAUAUCAGAAGGAGAAGUUUUUUUGUGAUCUUUACAACACCUUCCGUUUCACUACAAGCGGUGAAUUGUUGAUGCCGCAGUAUGAUCGAUGCCCCAGCGGGGAACAGCACUUACUGGAAGCGUGUUCGUGACGUUGUGGAAACUACAGUGAUAUUCGCAGACGUUGGCUGGCAGCGAGCUCAGCGUCAAGUACUUGCCUAGUUGUAUCGCGCGGCCAUUGUGAGUCGGCGGCAGUUUUGGCAUCAAGAAUCGGACGCAACACCAGUCUCUGGCAAAGCUCUCACUGUGGCUAAGCGUUCGCUUUGGUUUUCUUCCCUAAACGAUUCGCGUUACAUAGUUCCACAGUUUCCUGCAUCGUGGGCGACUACCUGCUGGACAGCAAAGUUUCGGACACAAGGGAGUUGGAAACUACCUGCAAUGCUUUCUGUUCAUGCAAAGCUGUGAAGUAGGAUCGACCGGCUAGCAUGCGCGGCUGGAGGAUCCUUCCUCUAAAGCUAAACUCGAAAUACUUAGGUUGUUUCUGCAACAGGUUUCGUUCUACAGCUACUGCGUUUGCCUUUCCGCUUUGCUAUUGCUGUCGCAAGGACUAGAGCGUCAAGAACUUUUUUGGCUGAGGACCACUGUGUUGCGCUUGUCCAGCGUACCAUCAUCGAAGGGGUGACAUCAGUAAUAUCUGGUGGCUUGCGAGCAAUCCGGUCAUCUCAGAACAAAGACGUUUGGUUGAUCUUCUUUUACUGGGAUAUGCCGCAAUAGUUCUAGAAGACGAGCUGUCGUCUAUCGUCGGCGAGGGCAAGGACAGUUCAACAUCACAGCGCGCACCGCUUUAUCAAUACACCUGUUGUAGGGGUGGUGCCGUGAUACUGAGCUUUAUUGUUGUCGGUUGUCAGGUUUCAUUCAUUGUCAUCUGUUCGUUGCAGAACCGCCACGGCCCGUCAACCAAUACCAGCCUCUUUUUCCCCGGGGUUGUGGGACAACAUCAGUAAUACUCCACGGAUGCGUUUGCAGAAAUAGCUGCCUGGACCACCUCAACUUCAGACUUUUCUUUAAGUUUUCGAACGAAGAUGCGUGUUUUGAUCGUCGACGGCUUCUCGCAGAGCAAGCGCGGCCGCGAGGCGUUUGGCGACUUCAAAUACACCGUCUCAAAAGCACUAGAAGGUCCGUACUACAAGUAUCUGACAACGGUGCAACUGGCUGUUCGCAAUUUCAAACAGAUCCAUGAGUUCCUCUUCGAGCCCUUGAACGGGGACGCUGCCUGUCUUCGCGCUUUCCAAGCGCUAGACUUAGUAUUUGUCGGGGGAGACGAGCCAACGCUUCUACCAUGGGGCGGCGCGGUGAAGCAGCUCCGGCUGCUCUUCAAGCAAUGCAUACAAUACGGGACACCAACUUUCGUAUUUCUUACAUUGUUUCUGUUUUUCUUUUCGUUCCUUGCAUGCCUAGUUUUUUGUUCCCUGGUGCUCGUGAUAAACAAAGAUCAAGAUGUACACCACAUGACUUGUCGACUCAAGAUGAACGUCUAUGUCUAGACUAUUCUCUUCUCUCGCUUUUUAACCCAGGCGACGGGCUUCGCAGCACACCUGAUUCCCUAUCUUGUGCAACUACGGGGUGAACACAUAAGAGUGCUGAAUGGGUGCGGUUACGGUGGAAGUGUAGACGAGAUGAGAAGUCUGCCUUCAAAAAUCAAGUAUUCGCGCUUCUUGUAGACUUCAUCAUUAGUUCGUGUACUUACUUACUUAUACCAGUAAGGAUCUUGGCCUUGGGGUAGUAGCAACUACUGGUUUAUUUGAUGAAUGAAGUAGCAGAAGGAUCAUUCUGGAAUGAAAAUGAUUCUUCACAUUGAUUAGGAAGUGCUCAUUGCCACCGGAUACAUUUUUGGACGCGCAAAGAGGGGAUAUCUACCAGAGGCGAGAGUAUUGCGAUUUCAAACGUGUAGGGAAUGUUGGAAUCUAUAAUCCGAAGAAGAAGCAAGGCCGGGAUGUUUAUCGGACGGUACAGCUUUGACUGGUUAUUGGCUUUUGAUUUGAGAAGGAUGAAGUUGAAGAUUUGUGUGCCAGAUGAUUGUUCAACAUCACUGAAGAUGCCGAUUGUGCCGCCUUCCCUACUCCACUUCAAAAACAGCGGCCGUCGACGGUGCCAGGAGAGGACCCAUACGCAGCCCGAAAAGACGAGAUGAUCGUAGAACUAAGUUCAGCAAGGUACUCACUUUUUCAACUCAUAGUGUCGUCAUUGCUCGCAGAGCCUCGUUGUUGUAACGUCAGCAAGUAAUGAAAAUGAAUAUUUCAUCUUCUCGAUCAGAACGGCAUUUGAUAAUCUUCAGUAAGUACAACAUUAGUUUUCUGCUACAGUAAUUUGCUUGCUCCACUACAUCAUAGGUUCGCGAAUCAUUGGGUGUUGAACGGACUUCCAAAGCGAUUCGUGUGUAGCACUAGUGCUCUGUGGAGUAUGCAUGAGCAGAUUACACAACGAGUGCAGACCUUUCUCGUGUCCAGACCAAACUCAUUACCACAGCUCAUCGGGCUCGACAACACUAUCUUCGGAUGCCAGUUCGGGAUAUGUACUACUAAAUUAGGAAUGUUGUUUCGCUAUAAUCGACGUUACUCUCAAUUUUUUGUCACAUUUACGUACAAGUUUUGCAAGAACCCUCAACCCAGAUAGAACAUACUGUCUCAAAAUUCAUCAUGAUAGUCUCCUACGAGAGUCAAUCUGAUUAGAAAGAAAAAGUAGAAGUUUGCCAUCAAUCUUUCUAUUAAAUAUGAAUUUCGCCAGCACGAAAGUAUCCGGAAACAAUGCAAGUACUGCUGAACUGGACUACGCAUUAUUGCGAAGAGAUGCUCCAUAAUCCGGGGAAAAAAGUGGGAGCAGUUGGAACAGACGUAAAUCAUCUAUAAGCGAAUUUCUUCCCUGUCGUUUCCCUGCUGCUGACAUGAUCAAGAGAAAGAAUUGGUGCGUUCCACCAAUUAUACUUAUAUGAUAGCUCUUGAGAUAGGUGUCUCCAUCGCGAACAAAACAAAAGUCUUGCUCUAGUAUCAUACUUUCUACUAUCAAUCGAGAUUCACGUGGUACGUGUACUUCCUCUUACAUCGUGAUAUGAUUAACAAAGCUCCGAGCUUUCUUCGAGGCAGUAUCCGCAGGGGAGGAGCCUCCAGAACUACCAGAGCAGGACGCGCGCGCGCUGCCCAAGGGGUACAGCCGAGAGCCUCGAGGGGCGGACGCCAUCGGGCAGAAGGAAGAGAAGGACGUAAGCGAUAAGGAAAGCGGAGACGCCAGAAAGGGGCUCAAGCUAGGCAAGGCAGCAGGAAGAGACCAGUUAAAGCAAGAGCGCUAUGAGCUGCUGAGCGAGCAGAAGAAGUGCCGCGCCAGGAACAAGACCCAGAAACAUUGGCAGGGGGGAGCACUGGAGGAAGGAGAAGCGGGCUGACUCAUGGAAGUACGGCCAAAACCAGGGGGGGGGCCGCGGUAGUGCGGCUGGGUGGAGGCCAAUCGCCUUGCUGAAUUUCUUCGCCAAGGUUUUCGCGUCAGUGUUAUACCAAAGACGCGCAGGCCCGGCCGGCGCAAUCCUCUCAAAGGCGCAGGCAGUUUAUAGACCGCGCAGGAGGGCAGGAGACAACACGCCGGCCCUCAAGCUAAUGCGCCAGGCACGUGCAGCCGCGGGCAGUGCGGCAUCGGUGUCGGUCUGCUUUGUAGUGACUUGGCGCAGGUCCUCGACACGCUACCCAGGUAGUUGCUUCUUAGGCGGGGCUUCGAGGCAUAUGGGACACCGCAGAAGCUAUGGGGAAGCUCCUGGGCUUUGUACAAUGGUCAUCGUUUCGCAGUAUUACGGAGGGGGGCAGCCGCCAGCGAGUCAAAAGAAACAACAACAGGGACGAAGCAGGGGCGCCCAUUGUCGCCGCUCGCUUGAUAAGCUACGCACCAGACCGCACGGCCACGGACUUCGGGGAGGGUGCCGAGCUACCCUACAUGGGGCGAGGCUAGUAGAUUGGGACAAAGUCACCGAGGGCGGGGAGGCCGGCUGAGGCCAUGUACUAUACGCGGACGGCGUAGCCCUUCCAGGUCCAGCAGAAGACGCAGAACCCUUAAGAGGAGCAACAAAGAGGCUAGUAGUAGUAGACACAGCGCCGGGGCAUAGGUUAGGUUGACAGUAAACCGAGCAAUGCGCAGAAAGAUGCUCGCAAGAAUUUGCGAGGACACAGGAAGAAAGCCUGUAAAGAUCUGAAGACGAUGGGGGCCGUUCGCCUAUGAAAUUGCCGCGGGCUUUGUCACGCGGUUGCCCCCUAGGUUGGAAAGCUGUGGAAGUUGUGGCGCUUAUUGUGACGAGCUUCAAACCUACUGCGACUAGUCUCGGCCUCACUGUGACUAGCCGCAAACUUACCGCGACUAGUCGCAGAGUUGGCGUGGCUUGUCUCAGUCUUACUGCGACCAGCUUCAAACUUGCGGCGACGAACUUCAGACUUGAGACCUACUACGACUGGUCUCAAGCUUACUGCAACUGGCCCCAAACUCGCUGCGACUGGUCUCGACCUAACUGCGGCGGACUAGUCUCAGACUUGCUGCGACUGGUCUCGCGCUCACUGUGACUGGCCUCGGGCUUGCUGUGGCUAGUCUCUGACUGAGUAGCUCGCCAGGCUUUUCGAGUCUUAUUCUUAACACCAUCAGAAGCAGGCGCCUGCGUAUCUUGGUGGCCGUGCUAAGAUUCGAAGAGCCCGACAAACUCAGGCUCAGCCACAGACUAGGCGCAGAAAAAUUGAGACUAGUCACAGGGGGCGUGAGGCUAGUCACAGUAAGUCUGCGACUAGUCACGAUGGGCCUCCGGCUUGACUAGUCGCAGUAGCGUAAGUCUGAGACUAGUCACAGUGUGCGCGAGACUAGUCGCAGCAGGUUUGAGACUAGGUGCAGCACUUUUGAGACUAGUCGUAGCCACAGCAAUUCGUAGACUAGUCACAGCAGUCUUGAGACUAGUCGGAGUCGCAGGUCUGAAGCUAGCCGCAGUAGCUUGAGUCUAGUCAUAGUAAGUGUGAGGCUGAGGUUAGUCGCAGUAGCUGCCACAACUCCCACAACUCGGACGCAACUCGUCACAGCUUCCGCAUAGUAGAGGCAAUAAAGUUAAGCGCUUGCGUAGGUGUUUGGUCUUUCUAAUAGGACGCGAGUACUGCGGUGGUUUGUUCUGCCAGUUGUAGCGCUAUAGGGGUCGGAGGCUUGGGCGCUCACCGUAAGGUAAGGACCAGAGCCGCGCCCGGCAUGUGGUGGCGUAGCUAAGGCGCUAAGACUCUGCGCCGGAGCCACAAAAGCAGACGACACCAAGGCGGGGGAGCUGCGGGAGAAGACCAAAGCAAAACAAGAAGAGAACCGCCCAGCGACAUGAUAGAGAAAAGGCGCCGGGGCAUCUACAUCUAGUGCGGUGCCCCCGGGGCAGGUGGGCGAGGAUAGCCCUAGCUAGCAGCAGAAGGAAACCGCAGCAAGAACACAACAGAAGAAGAGGAGCGCCGCGCGCUACCUUUAGAAGGCACCGGGCUGCUGGCUUCAGAGCAGGCGCAGGAGGGGCACAAGCACAACUCGUUAGAGAUUUGACUAGGAGAACCCUCGGGGGGCGCAAGUAGUAAAAAGCCCGCUGGUCUCUCCAUAUCAGGAACAACUACAACGAACAGGCGGAACAGCCGAAAGACCUACCACUGCGACAACCCAACAACGGGCUAGAGCUAGACUAGCGGGAAGAAGUCGCCAGGGAAGGCUUAGGCAGUCUGCCCCUGCCGAAUGGAUUCGCAUUCGAAUCAUCAUCAUUAACAAAUCGCGACCAGAUUCUAACUAACGAUAUUGCGGAAUCAAGCGUCGCAGACAUGUGGGAGGAAAAACUUGAAGGAGAGUUAAAGAGAAGGAAGGCACAGCAAACGAAGAUACUACGGGAAGCGGAUAUCGACGAGAACAUAGGUAAAAAUAGGGAGAUUUUUGGUGAUUGAAGUUAUGCGAUGCUCCCCUCUCCGUUCCAUAGGAAGUAGUUGAUCAACUUUAGGGCGUCAUCGACUACUUAAGUACAUUGGCUUCCCUCUUUCUACACUUUUGAUGAUUUUCAUAAUAUUGCAUACAGGUUCUAUCGGCGGGUUUCCUGUGCGGGCUCUGACCGCUGGUAGAGACGAGUUGCCCAAGCCGCCCCAUAGCGGCUCAGACAAAGAAAAUACCCAGCCGAAGAACUACUCUGACGAGUUCGCGUCACUUUUUGCAAGUAGCGGUUGGCCCGUGGAUGCCGGCGCGGGCAAGGCAGGUGGUAGUUCCGGCGGAUCGGGAGGCGCUGUUAGUCGCGGACUGAAGAGUGCACCUAGUCGAGGCAGCAGGGGACUGCAGCCACGCAGAACGGGAUCUCGGACAAGUGGUCGGCGUGCUGGAGAGUUAGACCUGGACAAAGAAAACGACACCGCGUUUGAGGCAACCAUACGGAAAGCUCUAGAAACAACAGAAAUCAAUCUCCUGGACCACACGCGAACGUUUACUCGCGUAGAGAUCAGAAAGAUGCUGCAUCCGGAAGCCAACGUAGACAAAAUCACACCCUACGUACCGCCAAAAGUGGUCCGGCAAGUUUCAAGAGGAGCAAAACCGUUUACCAGAUGGAAAUACUACGAACAACUGGAAAGGUACGGCAACUAUUAGGUUCCAAGAAUAAGAUUUCGUGAGGUAGCGGUAGGUGAUUUCUAUGGUCAUUUACAAUAUUGAUUCUAGUGUAAUUUCGAAAGCAAAUUUUCAUUAUGUACGGGAGCACUUUCAUAUUUUAGCUAGUAUCAUCUAUAGUGGAGCAGGAACUACGAUACCGCCGACCUCGUUGUUUCAAAAAGAGCAUUUACUAGAACAUGGAAAAUUCAAAUUGUUUAACUACGUCGGAGAUUCUUGAAUACAUUAACAAGGUUUGAACAAGCAGCGAGUAGACCAGCAUCACGGAGUAUUCAAUCACGGUCAUCGAAUCGAGAGAGUAAUAUCAUGUUCGGCACGGCGAAUAUGAGGCCGAUAACAGUACCAGAGCUGUCUCAGUACCGCCGGCCGCCCGGGGAGAGCGCUGACCCCUUCCUGAAGUUGGACGCUACUGUGGUAGAGCGAAUGCCGGAUAAGGUAUUUCCAUAGAACCUAGUUUUUUUCGUGUGCCAUGCAUGAAAUAUAUAUGAAGUACUAGUCGUAUCCCGUGUGUUCAGCGGAGUUUGACAGAGGAGAAGGCCAGUGAGAGAGGAGUGAAGGCUGCUAGUGGCGGCAAAGACGAGGAGAGAAGUCCGCGCGCGAGGAUCGACACGUCUGUGACUUGAAGAUGGAAGGGGAGCUCCAGCCGAGGCAAGCGGGGCGUCGAUCGCAUCUCGCUGAAGUGUGGCGCGUUGCUUCCGCAAUGCCCUGAAUCCAAAACGUCAUAGCCCCGAAGCGCUUCCACCAACACCCGCCAACGCUUGCAGCCUUUCGGCCGGUGCUUGCCUCCGCGCGUCCACUGCUUUACCCGUCAAAGACGAGCAACCGCCUCGAAAUCGUGCGAAAGAGGCCACAGAGGGGCCUGCCGCCGUCGCGCCGGUCACCGAUUGCCGUUGCCAGCGAAAGGCGGCGGGCCCGCACGGUAUCAGCGCAUCGCCGGACAUGGUGCCCAACCCAGCCGCAGCUGUGGCGUAGUUGCUUGCAGCGGCGCGGCCCUGCAGCCUCUUGAUGCUGUGCGCUCCCGGACGUUCGCCGCGUUCGUCGGAGAGGGUACACAUACACGGAGCAAACGCGCACGGCUGACACGGUGGAAGCCGUUAACGGCUCCGCGGCUGGCGGUCGUCGUUCUUGUCAGCGCUGUCCCCCUCGGCGCGGUGAAGCCACCACGCACCCAGGCCCUGCAGUUCUGGACCGUUCGGGCCCCCUGGCUGCCUCCAUCCGCCGUGCCAAACGCGGCAGUCCAGUCGUGUCCCGCUCCCGGUGGCGUUGUCUCGGUAUCUGCGCGCCGUGUUCUUGGAUGUAGUGCGGCGAAGAUGUGGCUCCAAUGUACUGUCUUCCGUUAUUCAAUUAAGCGGCCCCCGCCCGCAUCCCAUGCCACUCUGUCGCCGGAGGGUCUGCCCGGGAAACAGCCGGCGUCGAUUUACCUUAUUCAGUGUAGCUCACAGCCUCAGCAUUGCUCACAAUCUCAGUGCACCCAGCAACCAUUUCAAGCGCCUGCUGAGUGUUCGCUUUAAGCCCUGCCCUGACUUUGAAAACUCAGACUCUCAGCACUCUGAGGCGGCAAGCCCUGACGUUGAGAGUUAACCACUCCAAGCGCCUGCUGAGUAUUCGCGUUACUCUCUGACUUUGAAAACUCUGGCUUUCAGCACUCUGAGGCGGCAAGCCCUGGCGUUGAGAGUUGAGGAGGCAAGCCUUGACCUUACUUUAGGCUUUGCGCCUUAGUGAAGCUCUGGGACUCGUGGUUUUUGUUUUCGCCCCCUCGCGAUUCACCUUGUAGCGCCUUAAAGUUAAAACCCUGAGUGACAACCCACCCCGUUUUUUGUCGAUUAUUAAUAAAGAAGGAAUAUCUCAAUCAUUAUCAUGGCCGUCUACUUACGCUUGUUUGCGAGGUCAUAACUCAAACCGUGGCUCGUAUCUCUUUCUGAUCGAUGUUGCUUGAUCGUGUCCAAAUACUUCAUGAUCACUCCCUUUCCACAGCCAAUGACGGCUCCGAACGGGAAGAGACCUACGGGCAUUCCGCGGCCCUCUUACCCGCGACCCGGCUUUAACCCGAUAGUUGGAAGGGCGCACGCGGUAAAAGGAAUAGGCACCGUCAUUGGCAACUUUGUGAAUAAAACCCCUGGACCACUAGUGACCGAUCACGAAUUCAGGGAUGCUAAGAACUAUGGCGGCCCCUAUCCGGAUUUUUUGCCGGUAGCCGCGCACUCACCUGGCUGGGAAAAGACCCCAUUUGGCGCUGUACCGUCUACGCACAAGCAGCAGAUGGAAGCACGCUAGGCGGAUUUUCCAUUUGCUUUCUGCUAAGAGUGUUGGCAGAAAUUCAAAAUAUGCAGUUUCCACGUUCUACUACUACUACUACUGCUACUACUCCGACUACUACUAUAACUAUUGACUUUGGAACAAGUUCCUCGUCCUACUUUUGAGUCUUUCUGAGUCAUUUGCUUCCUUACACAUAUUUGUGUCAGUCUGAUCUUUUUUUCGUUGUAAUUUCCUCGUAUCGUAGUUGUUUCAUAAUUGACAUCGUAGUACCACUCAGUUUUUUGAUUCCGCAUCCGCAUUUGAUCAAAUAUAGCGAACUGAACUGUCCACUCAAAAAGUAGAGGUCAUUAUUGCGUAUUGAAGAACCGUACUGAACAAAUUAUAAUCUAAUGACAGAAAUUAGUGACUUUGGCUUUCCUAGGGGACUGCAACUGCUUUCGAUACCAAUAUUGUGCUUAGGAUACAAGCACAAGAAGGAGAUGAUAGUAGAACUACACGGUGACCAGGGUCAACAUUUUUCUCACUCAUUGCUACAUCAACAAAAUAAAUAUGAUUUCCAGGUAAGUCUCGAAGAUGAUUUUCGUUAAGAGUCUACUACUACUAGAGAAAUUGACGCCGAGCCGCAGUGCUUCGGUGUAGGUUAUGGCAGUCAACCGUGAACUACAAGAAAGAGAUCUUUUUUUCGUAUGGUGACUGAGUUGUUACAUUUCUUGAUUGAGAGCAUGAUUGAUGUAUGAGCAGGUUAGCUUGCCUUUAAAUCCAAAAUACAGAAGCCCAAUAAAGUCACUUGAGCAUGAGUCGCAGUAGCAAGAGCUUCGGCUCGACCCUCCUCCUGCUUUUCGCUGGCUGGUCAUAUCCGCUCGUUCCUUUGAAUGCUAGGUAAAGGUGAGAUGGAGCGAAGGUGAAGUAGC